GCUCCGUCCAUCACCUACAGGCUGCUUCAUCUCGAUAAUUUGGAUUCUCCCAGUCGUCUAUUCCAUUUCCAGCCCUCCCGUCUCGACACAAGCCUCCGGUGUGAUUAACCGAAUCCUUGCCUGGCCUGAUUGAUCCUGUGUUUUUGCCGGAGACGCCACCAGCCUUUUCGCUGAGACGCGGCACAAGCGUUGCCGGAGACUUUGGCCCUAGCUUAACGAACAACCCAGACACGCCCAAAAAACUCAUCGAGCGUGAAACUAGAGAUACAUGCAACCCUCGGGUGACUCCCUGGCCCUCUCGACGGCCACGGCCUGUGCUUGACAAUUACCCCUGUCUUCUGCUGGCACAACCAGCUCGUUGCUUCGAGGCCAUUGCCUGCGGGUCCCCAGUUUCGGCUUCGAACCAUCGCUCGCCUUCAAACCUGUGGUCCACCGCCGCCAGACCCGUCCCUGCUCGAGCCAAAUGACCAGAUAGAGUUUGGCCGGACACACCAGGCAUCAAUUCCAAGAGCGCAGGGUCGAACGAGCACAUCAAUAAUGCACCGUCAUGCGCUUAGCUCACUUGCACAUCCCGGGCCUGAUCCCUUACAGCCACUCACUACGUCUACAAACGGCGAUUCUGGAAAGACAUUUCCAACACAAGGAUUGGCUGCGCGCGGUCACGAGAGAUGACGCAGCGGCGAAAGGAGGAAGACGAGGCGAGGCCACGAGUAGUGCGCAUCCACCGGCGCUCGACGACACGGCCAAGGGCUCUGGGAGGCAGUCGUUGCAAAGUGUCAUUGACCGACCACCUGCGGAUGCUGCCACUGCCGCUGCUGAUGAGAAUGAUGACGCAGCAGCGGCACGCACCUCGUUGAGGCGCAACACCUCGAGGCCACGGCACGAUCGACCAGACUCCUCUUUGCUUGGCGCCGGAAAUGGAAGUUGCACUACAAGGCAUACGACGACCGCCUCGCACGACAAUGCAAGCUCCCGGCUGCCACCUCUCGACGUCAGCUCCUCCUCCUCCUCCUCCUGGCAUACACCGUCACACGUCCAGACACCCCCAGAUCCUGUCCUCCUGACUUUCAGCACCCCUCCAACGUACACGGUCGGACGCCGGCACCUGCUCGCCAACCCAAUCUCCGCGGACCAGCAGGCUUUCCUUUCUGCCAAUGGCCUGGCAACUUUCCAUGCCUCCCCCCGCGGUGGCCUCCUCACGUACCACGCACCCGGCCAGUUGACCGGGUACGUGAUCGUCGACCUGCGGAGGUUUGGCAUCACCGCGAGAUGCUGGGUGAAGCUGCUGGAGGAGAGUGUCAUGCGCACCUGCGGGCGCUGGGGGGUCCGGACUGGCAGGACGGACGAUCCGGGGGUGUGGGUGGUGCUGGAUGCCGGCCGAGCCGCAGACGAGGAAAGUGGUAGGCGAGACAGCGCAUCCACGCCGGCCACGGGAGCACCGUCGUCCCCAGCGGCAAGCGAUCGGAAAAUCUGUGCGAUCGGUGUCCAGGUCUCGCGUGGCGUUACCUCCCACGGAGUAGGGUUGAACGUAUAUGACGCACCGCUUCCCUCGGCGCCUCCGUCGUCGUCUGCCUUGCCCUCAUCAGCCCUCUCAUCGUCACCCGGCGCAGCCUCUCCCUCACCAUGGCCUUCUCCUUCUGCUACCGUGCCCUCGUCAGGACGAGGAAUCUAUGACUUCAUCCCCGCGCAAGUAUCCUCGCCGUCCUACGACCCUGCUACGCGAGGUUAUUUGUCAUGGGGCUUCAGCCGCAUCGUCGCCUGCGGACUGGAAGGGAAGAGCGUGACCUGGCUGACGAGGGAGAUGUCAUGCUCGCAUCCACUCUCACCCUCGACCUCGGCCCAAACAGCAGAGAGAACCUCACCUCUGCUUUCCACCGCCAAACCCCCAGAAAGAGGAGGACCGCGCGCCCAAGACGAUCCAACCAGCCCGCCAGCCACCGAGACGAUCUCGACGCAAUCCGUCGCCGACGUCUUUGCGCGCGAGAUCGUCCACGGACUGAACACCAUGAAGGCCGAGGGCAAAGAGACCGUGGAUGGCGUGUACAGGAUACAAGAGCCGGAUAUUCUUUGAACUGGCUGGUGAAAAUGGGUCCAAAAAGGGCAGAUAGAUGGUCUGCAGCCCCCGUCCGUCCUUGACCUCCCCAGCCCCGGACACACCAAUGAGACCAACCACAUUGCAGCGUCGACCCCGAGACGAUGGCGUUUGCUAGCACAGGCUAACAGCCAGAGGCGCUUGUCUUUCCCUCCGUGGCAUCUUCCAUAGAAUAGAGAUGGCCGUACGCGUCAGAGAUCGGUCAAGGACAACGACGGUGAUGGCGCCACCACUACGCCAGCUGGACAAUCAAUCUUACGUUACGUCGUGCGAGCCCGGCUGUGUCAAUCCUGAAGUUCAAGCCGAGCGUGUCCUCCGUAGACACCCAGGUAUACGCUCCCUUUUCGCGCAAUCGGAGUGUAAGACAUUAUUUCAUUGCCGUUAAAGAAAGAAAAAAGCAGAACACAAAGCAAAAGAUUCGAGGAUCAAAAGGGGAUGCCCUUUCACAAACACUCGGGCGCUUGCAAGCGCCAAAUCAGACCCCCACUUUGUCUCUGCUCGCCUCGCCUCGCCUUGCCUUGCCUUUCCUGCGCCUUGGGCCUAUGCUCACAGCCGCAGCCUUGUGGCAACGGUCCCGUUGGGUUUUCUUGUCGAGUCUGUUUUCUCUUUUUUCUCCCGUUGUUGUUCUUGCUCGUAAAGACUUUGAACCGAUCCACCGGGCUCGAAAGGACAGCUCGGCUCUCCCCACCUCCUGGUUCUAUCAGGACCGGAUUCGUGAUUAGUUAUACAGCGGUAAUGACAGUCGUGACGGUUUGGUGUCAUACAGGAAUGAAAAAGGAUAUGAAAACGACUGCCAUGCUUCAGUAAAGACCGGUGGAUUUCUCCCCCCAUAUUGCUGUG